GAAUGGGAAAUUAAUUUUUAUCAUCUAAAUUUUAAGUUAAGUGUAAGCCCUUUUGGUUUUCAAAAAUAAACAGCAUGGUUUAGCCAGAAUAUUUUUAAGCUUGGCUUAUUAUCUUUAUUACAUUGGAUAAUUUGAAUGAAACGUACCGGAUGGUCCUUGGCAAAAUUACACAGCUAUUCAAGAAUUACAUUCAAAUUGAAGAUUUAUUCAAAAUGGACAAGAAGAAGUCCCAAUAUUUGGGCGGCAGUGUUUACAAUGUCGUCAACGGAGCGUAAACGAAUUGUAGUCACUGGAUUUGGGCCAUUUGUGGGUCAUGAGGAAAUUAAUGCCAGUUGGGAGGCUGUGCAACUGCUGCCCGAAAGUAUUAGCUGUAAUGGCGUCGACUAUGUGCUGGAGCAACGAAUGGUGCCCGUAGAGUACGGAGCUGUUGAUCAGGCAGUUGAAGAAAUUUGGCAAAGCCAACCAGAGCUUGUCGUGCAUGUCGGCGUCUCCGGUGUGGCCAAAUGCGUGCAUGUGGAAAAGCUCGCAUACAAUCAUCAAUUUCGACGUCCCGAUAAUGCAGGCAAAUUUCUAGAGAAUAACACCUGCAGUUUACCCCAGCAUGGAAAGGCAAAUGUAUUGCGUUGUGGACUUGACGUAGAUAUGAUAGUGAAGGUUGUAAAUACCAUUUGCAAAAAUUGUGUGGCUGCAGCUGAUAGCGAUAAGCCUCAAAAUGCCACUAUAGCAUCGAAGAAUGUUGGCAGCUUUCUAUGCGGUUACAUUUAUCUCAAAUCCUUGGACAUGGAUUGCAAUAAAUGCUUGUUCGUGCAUGUGCCGCCCAUUGAUAAACCUUUUAGUACGAGUCAGACAGCUGAUAUUCUCUACAGAAUAAUUGAGCAAUGUAUUCAGCAGAUUUCACCUUUUGAACGCCAGUGAGUUAUUUAAGUUCGAAAAUUUUUACGCAGAUAGCGUAUGUAUUAUAUAAUUGUAUACAACAUUGAUUAUUAUGAGGAUUCUUAAAUGCGGUACGCGCAAAUGUUUUUAUCUAAAAAUAAGUUUCAAGCAAAUAAAACUACCAGCUGGGCUAACUAAAAACAUUCAGUUCUGUUUAAACAGUUUUCGGAGUAACAUCCGUGUAAUUGUAUUAUAUGAGAGUAACGGAUUAAAUAAUAAACAGCAAAUGUAAAUCAACAAGUUCAAGAUUAUCAUUAUUUUGUUAUUAUUAUUACUAUUAUUAUUCUUUGUUAAAUGCAAUUUUGCCUACAAUAAAAGGAAGUAUUGAAUUCAAACUUGAA